AUGUCGGCUUGGAGUGUAUUACAUCGAACAGCACACGUGCACAACACAACUAAGUUAUUUUCGAAAUAUUUUCUCUCGAUAGUUCAUUCAAGAGGGAACAUUUGCACUUUAAAAUACGAUGUAAAGUAUGGUGGUCACUGUAGAGCUCCUCAUAUUGAUAAAACUUGUGAAGAUGAUUAUUUUAUAUGGGAUGAUGAGAGAAUGACAGCGUUUGGUGUGGCGGAUGGUAUUAGCGAGUGGCGAAAGAUUAAUGUUGAUCCAUCAAUUUUUCCGAAAACUUUGCUGUCAAACUGUAAGAAGUAUUUUAAAGAAGGAAAAAUGAAUCCAAAAGAUGUUCUUAAUAUGGCUUACAAGGAGAUAUUAGAGAAAGAUGAUGUUGUUGUAGGUAGUAGUACUGUAUGUCUUGGUGUCAUUGAUAAGAUAAAGGGUCAUUAAACAUUGAAUCUUGGUGAUAGUGGCUUUUCCAUUUUUCGCAACUCUAAAACAUUUUACAAAAGUAGUGAGCAAUAUCAACAAGCAGACACACCAUUUCAAAUUGGAGUUGAAAGCGAUGACUUUGGCAAUGCAAUACCAAGUAUUAAAAGUGUUAGUGAUGCAAAUAUGGAAUGUUUUGAUAUUGAAGAUGAUGAUAUCAUAGUCUUUGGAACGGAUGGACUGUUUGACAACAUGUAUACUCAAGAUAUAUUCUCUGAGAUUUAUUCAUCUGAUCAUAACACAGACUAUGAGGAGCAAUCUCGACAUCUUACCAAAGUUGCAUUAACAAGAUCAGUUGAAUCUCAAAGAGUAACACCACGUGAAGAACGUAUAAUGAAAGACGAUCCAUUGGCGAUACCUGGUGGAAAUUUUGAUGACGUCACAGCUGUAAUUAUCCACGUUAAAGCUUAUAAAAGUCGUUGAUGUUCCAGUAUCGAGAAGCUUUGCAUUCACAUUGGAAACAUGGUCCAUUUUUUGUAUUUAAGAAGAACUUACUGAAGCAAGUUAUAAAUGAAGAACUUCGAUUAAGACGAACUUUGUAUAACACAGUUUGGAGCACUAUUUGAUUUAUCUUAAAGCACUAUUAUUUAAUGUAUCUUUAACAAAUAUUACCAUUACUUUGAUUUUAUGUAAAAGUGUUAUCGUAUAACGAAAUUGACAGCACUUGGCAAUGCUGGACAUUGUGUAUCACUUACUUGUCUUUUUCUUUUUUGUUAGAGCAUAAUUUACCAAACAAUGUUAACCUACAACAGGAACGCAAAAAAGCGAAGUAAGCUCUAAGCCUCUGUCUUAAUACUAGCUGGUUUACCUUUACAAUAAUGUGGCGAGGCAUUAGUCUGAUGUAAUAUAUUUAUUGUUAACUAUGGUAAUUGAAGGCAUUCAUCUUAUGAAAGGCUAAACUUUGCUGGCUGAAUUUUCAUGUUAAUAAUUAUAUUAAAUUCCCAUGCAGAAAAGCUUUGGUGCCUGAAACCAAGAUAUGUAAAAUAGGUACAAGGUGUAUUAAGUAAUUGUUAAUUAAACCAUUGUAAUGUCUUAUUACGUUGCUAAUCCAA